AUGGCAACGAGGAGAGAUUCACGAGACCUAUGGCAGAUUUAUGGCACGCUAGUCACUCGACAGGAAGGGACGCAGCCGUACAAAGACGAGGGCGGACUUUAUUUAUGGUAUUCCCUUUCUCUCUGCAGGCCCGGUGUGAUCACCAUGCAGGCGCUUUCUGAGGAGGACCGAAGGCUUUGGAUGGAGGCAAUGGAUGGCCGGGAGCCGGUCUACAACUCGAACAAGGACAAUCAAAGCGAAGGCACUGCCCAGUUGGAUAAUAUCGGCUUCAGCAUAAUCAAGAAAUGCAUACACGCUGUUGAAACAAGAGGGAUCAACGAGCAAGGACUCUACAGAAUCGUUGGAGUAAACUCUAGAGUUCAAAAGCUGUUGAGUAUAUUAAUGGAUCCAAAAACUGCCACUGAAACAGAAACUGAGAUCUGUGCAGAAUGGGAGAUAAAGACCAUCACUAGUGCCCUGAAAACAUACCUGAGAAUGCUUCCGGGGCCGCUCAUGAUGUACCAGUUUCAAAGGAGCUUCAUCAAAGCAGCAAAACUGGAGAAUCAGGAAUCCAGGGUGUCAGAGAUCCACAGCCUUGUUCAUCGACUCCCAGAGAAAAACAGGCAGAUGCUGCACUUGCUCAUGAACCACUUGGCAAAAGUUGCAGAUAACCACAAGCAGAACCUGAUGACUGUUGCUAAUCUGGGUGUGGUGUUUGGACCAACGCUGCUUCGACCUCAGGAGGAAACAGUCGCUGCCAUUAUGGACAUCAAGUUUCAGAAUAUUGUGAUUGAAAUUUUAAUAGAAAACCAUGAGAAGAUAUUUAACACCGUGCCGGAGACGCCGCCGUCGAACUCACAGCUGCUGCUGUCCCGCAAGAAGAGCACAGACUCGAAGCCUCCAUCGUGCAGUGAGCGGCCGCUCACCCUGUUCCACACCGCACAGCCCAACGAGAAGCAAGAAAACAGGAACAGCAUCAUCAACUCCAGCCUGGAAUCCGUCAUCUCUUCAAAUGUAAACAGCUUCCUCAACUCCAACAGCGCGCCACAAUCCAACCUGAACUCAAGUGAUCUCGAACUAGAAGUAAUUAAACCCAACAGGCCAAACUCACUCCCUCAGAAUCCAAGCCCAACGUCACCCCUCUCACCGUCCUGGCCCAUGUUCUCUGCGCCAUCAAGUCCUAUGCCCACCUCCUCUACGUCCAGCGACUCAUCCCCCAUCAGCUCACCACUGCGGAAAGCCCGAGCUUUGUACGCCUGCAAAGCAGAACACGACUCGGAGCUCUCCUUCACUGCAGGCACUGUGUUUGACAAUGUGCACCCAUCGCAGGAGCCCGGCUGGCUGGAAGGGACGCUCAACGGGAAGACCGGGCUCAUCCCUGAGAACUACGUGGAGUUCCUAUAGCUGGGCACGUGAACGGGACUGCUGAGCGUUACAUGGUAUCCAUGGCACCGCUUGGCCCUGUCUGCGCUGCGGGGCGAAGGCUCCCCAUGGCCAACGGUGUGGGUGCUGCUCCGUGCGCAGUGCUGCGUCCCCAGCCCGGAGCCCCCACCGCCACCAGGACAGCGGCGAAGCAGCAGCCUGCAACUCUGGGGGAACGUCUGCAGACUGCCCUGAGCCAGCACCGCUGUCCCCAUUGCUGCAGUGCUCGUGAGCUGCAAGGAGCAUCGUCAGCCGCAGGCCCAGAGCCCGACCUACGCUCUGCCCAGCGCAGGAGAAGCCUCAGCAGCAAGAAGCCCUCAGCCCCCCGCUCUGCAGCAGUGCGGCACUGAGCCCCCCUGCACCCUGCCUGGCUGGCGAGGGCGGGCGGCCACCCCGGACCAACCCCUUUGACUGUUUUCUUUUGUUUUUAGGUCUAAGUUUACACAAGGCAAACAUCUGCAAUGUGUGCAGCCGGCGUUUCCUUCCUGCAGGGCGAGACGCGGCUCCGACAAAUCCCGCUCCCUUUGGCUGCUCCGUGUCUCCGCUCCCCGCUGCAGGGCACAGCCCGCUCCUGUGCUGCUGCCACCGCUGCUGUCCCUCAUCUGCCGUGCCAACCUGCACGGUGCUGCCUGUGUGAGGUAAAGGACGUUGCCCAUGGGAUGCUCCUGGCUGGGGGAGCUGGCCUGCAGCCUCCGGACAGCAAACUGCAGCUCUGUGCCCGCCUCGGGAAGGACACGCGUGUCCCUGCUGCACCUCUCACCUUUGGGUCCAUUUGCAGGAGGAGGGUGGGAGAGGGGCCCUGCAGAGCUGGACCUGCGGGCACCCGCCGGGAGCUGGGGAUGGUUCUACUUUGUGACGGAAAAUGGUGAAGGAAAACCCAGCCCGUGGGCAGAGACCUGCGCACGCGUGGUGGGAUGGGGUCUUUUUGUCCUUUUGUAAUAAUUUUAAAGCCUCUGAGUGACUGGAUUGCUGUAUGUGUCACUUUUUAUUUUUGAAAGAAUUAAUGUAUAAAUAGAGAAUCUUAAAAUAUAAUGAGGGAAAGAUCUAUA